GCGCGCCUAGAUGAGCUUUACAGUUUCUUAAAACCUUUGUAAGAUAGUGUGGUCAAGGAUCCUCAAGGUGAACAAAAACAAACUGCAUCAGCCGCCAGUUCCAGAGUUUUCUGAUGAAUUUUAUUUGGUUUUUAACUCUGACAACCAUUUGCCCUCCCUUCAGCUUCCAAAAACACUGUUUUUAAAGCCAAUUGGCAACACACCUGCAGAUAAGUGGACCAAGCCACAAUUAAACAGGUAAAAAAAACAACAACAAAAUCUAAACAGAAACAAGAAUAAAAUUAUUAGUCUAAUUUACAAACUCAUCAACAUAAUAAAAUAGUCUGCAAAGUAAACCCUAUAAUACAAGAUAACUCAAAAGUUACUUUAAAGAAAAACAAACAAAGCAAUACUACAAAGAAGACCCUCUUAAUUGGUAGAACCCAGCAAGGUAAUCAGUGACAUCAUCCAGCCAUUUAAGCAGGAAAUGCUGGGCGGUCUGCUCCUAUACGCCUGACCUGCUGCAGAUCUACAAGGGGCAAUGAUUUCGUCUUCAGCACCAAUAUCAGGGAUGCAUUCAGUCAGCAGCUCAGAAGAUAUUAAGCCUCCAUUUGGCCUGAGGCCCAUGCAAGCUCACAGCCCAGGAAUAAUGAUGUCUCAGAAACGACUGUGUGUGAUCUGUGGUGACCGCUCUUCUGGCAAACACUACGGUGUGUACAGCUGUGAGGGGUGCAAAGGUUUCUUUAAACGAACUGUGCGCAAAGACCUGAGCUACACCUGCAGGGAUAACAAGGAGUGCCUGGUGGACAAACGCCAGCGCAACCGCUGCCAGUACUGCCGCUACCAGAAGUGCCUGGCCAUGGGUAUGAAGAGAGAAGCGGUAAAUCCUAUAAAGUGGAAAAACAAGGAUGGAAAAGAUGAGGGAUGGAUGACGGUUCAGGAGGAGCGUCAGAGGAACAGAGAGCGCGAGGGAGAGCUGGAGUUCAGCUCCGGAGUGAACGAUGAGAUGCCUGUGGAGAAGAUCUUGGAGGCGGAGAUGGCGGUGGAUUUGCGGGUGGACCUUCACUCAGACAGAGGGUCUGCAGGAAACUCUCCCCAUGAUGCCGUUUCCAACAUCUGCCAGACUGCUGACAAGCAGCUGUUUGCUUUGGUGGAGUGGGCAAAGAGAAUCCCUCAUUUCUCCGAGCUGCCCCUGGAUGAUCAGGUCAUCCUCCUGCGUGCAGGGUGGAAUGAGCUCCUGAUUGCCUCGUUCUCCCAUCGCUCCAUUCCUCUGAAGGAUGGCGCUCUGCUGGCGUCCGAGCUGCAGCGUGACAGCGCACAAAUGGCCGGAGUUGGUGCUAUUUUUGAUAGGGAGAGUGUGCAGAGUGCAGAAGUUGGUGCCAUAUUUGACAGGGUUCUUACUGAGCUUGUUAACAAAAUGAGAGAUAUGCAAAUGGACAAAACAGAGCUGGGCUGUCUCCGGGCGAUUGUCCUGUUUAACCCAGAUGCUAAAGGGCUCUCCAGCACAAGUGAGGUGGAGCUCCUCAGAGAAAAAGUCUAUGCAUCACUGGAAGCCUACUGCAAGCAGAAGUAUCCAGAGCAGCAGGGAAGGUUUGCUAAGCUCCUCCUUCGACUUCCAGCGCUGAGAUCCAUUGGCUUGAAGUGCUUGGAGCAUCUUUUUUUCUUCAAACUGAUCGGGGACACGCCUAUCGACACCUUCCUCAUGGAAAUGCUUGAAGCUCCCCAUCAGUUGUCUUAGACAGGAGCCGCGUACUGUGGAUUUUAGGAAGCUGGAGUCUGGGGAGGCGGGCGUGGGACUGGAGUGGCACUUUAAGUUCUUUUUAAGAUUUGUCAGUUUGUCUCACUGCUGUCUGCAUUACACCUUAGUGCAGCACAGAUUUGCUCUUUAGACCAAACCCAAGGCUUGGCAUGACCUUCAAGCUGGUGCUAUGUGUUGUCAUAACGUCAUGAGUAAAAACUAUGGUAAACACAUAAAUAUUUUUAAGAAAAAUAUUUACAUAUUUCUCUCAGAGUGGCUAUAAUUUGGGUACUCAUUUUUAUAAGACUUUUUAAACACCUAAACUCAUCUCUAAUGCCUUUCUUUUUAAUUCAAGAAGGAUGCAUCUUGAAUAAUGCUUUGUGAACAUUUUUUUUUUAAUUUAAAUCAAAUCUAACAAUUCAUUAUGGUGUCCAGAAGCUCUGAAUUGACUUGACCGAAUCUGAACCCUGAGAUUGACACCAGGUUGAAAUGAUCUCAGAAUUAAGCCUGCGUCUCUUUUAUCUGUUGCUUACAUGUUUACAUGUUUUCCCUUUAAAGCAAUUCAAAUCUGUUCCCUAUUGUAUUUUAUGACAGGAAUUAACUGCACAUUUGGGAUUUGUGCUACUUUUAAAACAAACUUUAAACAAACCGGCCUGACCUUCCCGGCAUUCGGGGUUUGUUUGUUUGUUUGUUUGUCUGUUUGUUGUUGUGGUGCUACUUCAGAGACGAUUUGACAUUACUGGUGAAGUUGCACACCAAACCAUAAAACUAAGAAAAUAUGCAAAACUAGAAAUUCCUUUUGUUCUUUGUUUUUAAAAUGUAGCAAUAUAAUACGCCUGCAAAAGCCUGUCAAGUUAUUCAAUGUUUUGCAAAGAUCAAAAUGUCCAGUGGAAAGGGAAUACUCCAUGAUGUAAUUUAUCUAUACAAUUAUGAGGUACUGUGCUAAACAAAAGGGUCAAGGAAAAUGCACAUAAAAAAUUAGAGUAAUUGCUAAAUUCCAAGUAUAAUGUUAUUAUGCACCCUUGUUUUUAGAUGGAAUAAAGCAAAAAUGUGUUUUGGGUUGCACUGGAUUUGCUGAGACUGAUCAGCUUUGUUUUGUGCUGUUUGUGAUGCUUGGUUUUCCCUCCUCCCCAUCUUUCUCUUCAUUUUUUUGUAGGUAGCUUACUUUUUCUUCAUGCAGUUCUGCUGUUUAAUAAAAUAAUAAUAAUUAAAAAAAAGCAAACCAUAAUCAAAUUGAAACCCAGAAGACCUUGAUGUACAGAUGAUGUAAACAAGACCAAAUGAGGUCUGUGUGGGAAAAACUAUACAAGAAAACACUAUGUGAGCAAUAUCAGCAGCCCGUCAUCCACGUCUGCGCUCUUGAACUUUCAAGUAACUUGAAGCAUGGGUUUUGUGGACUAAAACAAUAAAGAAGAUUAAGGUUUUCUUGCAUUUUCAUCAUAAGUGUCACAUGUGAAUUUUUUUUUCUGCUUAAAUCCAGUACAACUGAAGGAUGAUUAAAAAAUAGUCCCAAAGGUGUUUCAAUGAGCCUUUUUAUUGUAGUUACAUAGAUUUGCUGUGGGGAUGGAUACAACAGAAGCCUUGGUUUUAAUACUGUUUUUGUUUGAGGUGAGAUGGCACAGGCUACAGUACAUAUGGGCUAAAAGUAAGAAAUGAAGUGCAAGAAAAUCAAAGGCUUUAAACUUGAAGUUGCUGGUUAAUUUGAUCAUAUUGUAAAAAAAAAAAAAAAAGCCAAAAAACCCCAAAA